AGCUGGCGGGGGGUGGGUGGGAGGGGGAGGAACAUGGCGCAAGCUCUGUCCGAGGAGGAGUUUCAGCGGAUGCAGGCUCAGCUUCUGGAACUCCGGACAAACAACUAUCAGCUUUCAGAUGAACUACGAAAAAAUGGUGUUGAGCUCACCAGCCUUCGACAGAAGGUCGCCUACCUGGAUAAGGAGUUCAGCAAAGCUCAGAAGGCACUGAGCAAGAGCAAGAAAGCUCAGGAAGUCGAAGGACUGCUGAGUGAAAAUGAGAUGCUGCAGGCCAAGCUGCACAGCCAAGAGGAGGAUUUUCGCUUGCAAAACAGUACACUCAUGGCUGAGUUCAGCAAGCUCUGCAGCCAGAUGGAGCAGUUGGAACAUGAGAACAAGCAACUGAAAGAAGGGGUUGCCAGGGCUGGGGCUGUUCCAGCUGGAAACAUGGUGGAUGGGGAGCUGCUGAGACUUCAGGCGGAGAACAUGGCCUUGCAGAAGAACGUAACCGCCCUGCAAGAGCUCUAUGGGAAACAGUCCAGAAAGCCAGUAUCAACCAAUGAGGGUCAAGGAGAUCCCCCAGGGAGCCCCACCCUCAUCUCUUCAGCCCCCAUGCCCUUGGCAGAGGUGGAACUGAAGUGGGAAAUGGAAAAGGAGGAGAAGAGAUUGCUCUGGGAACAGCUGCAAGGCUUGGAGAGUUUGAAGCAGGCUGAAACAUCCCGGCUGCAGGAGGAACUUGCUAAGCUCUCAGAGAAGUUGAAAAAGAAGCAAGAAAGUUUCUGCCGUCUGCAGACUGAAAAGGAGACACUGUUUAACGACAGCCGGAACAAGAUUGAGGAGUUGCAACAGAGGAAAGAAGCUGAUCUCAAAGCCCAGUUGGCACGGAUACAGAAGCUGCAGCAGGAACUUGAAGCUGCCAACCAGAGUUUGGCUGAGCUAAGAGACCAGAGGCAGGGUGAGCGCCUGGAACAUGCAGCUGCCCUACGAGCACUACAAGAUCAGGUGUCCAUCCAGAGUGCAGAUGCGCAGGAGCAGGUGGAAGGACUUUUGGCCGAGAACAAUGCCUUGAGGACUAGUCUGGCUGCCCUGGAGCAGAUCCAGUCAGCGAAGACCCAAGAACUGAAUAUGCUCCGGGAACAGAAUACAGGGCUGACAGCUGAACUACAACAGCGUCAGGCCGAGUAUGAGGAACUGAUGGGGCAGAAAGAUGACCUCAAAUCUCAGCUCCAGGAGUCAUUACGGGCCAACAGCCGACUUCUGGAACAACUUCAAGAAAUGGGGCAGGAAAAGGAGCAGUUAACGCAGGAGCUACAGGAGGCUCGGAAGAGCGCUGAGAAGCGGAAGGCCUUGCUGGAUGAGCUCGCCAUGGAGACAUUGCAGGAGAAGUCGCAGCACAAGGAGGAGCUGGGAGCCGUCCGGCUCAGGCAUGAGAAGGAAGUGUUGGGGGUGCGCGCCCGCUAUGAGCGGGAGCUACGGGAGCUGCACGAGAACAAGAAACGGCAGGAGGAUGAGCUCCGUGGGCAGAUCCGAGAGGAGAAGGCCCGAAGCCGGGAUCUGGAGAAUCUCCAGCAGACUGUGGAAGAACUUCAAGCUCAGGUACACUCCAUGGAUGGCGCCAAGGGCUGGUUUGAACGGCGCUUGAAGGAGGCUGAGGAAUCGCUGCAGCAGCAGCAGCAGGAGCAGGAGGACACCCUCAAGCAGUGCCGCGAACAGCAUGCUGUGGAGCUGAAGUGCAAGGAGGAGGAGCUCCAGGGCAUACGAGAUGAACUCCAGCAGGCCCAGGAAGAUCGUGACAGUUAUCUGAAGACCAUCAGUAACCUGAAGCAGGAGGUGAAGGACACAGUGGAUGGGCAGCGGAUCCUGGAGAAGAAGGGCAGUGCCGCGCUCAAGGACCUCAAGCGUCAGCUACACCUGGAGCGGAAACGGGCUGAUAAGCUACAGGAAAGGCUACAAGACAUCCUCACCAACAGUAAGAGCCGUUCAGGCCUUGAAGAAUUAGUUUUUUCAGAGAUGAAUUCACCGAGCCGGACCCAGACUGGGGACAGCAGUAGUGUGUCCUCCUUCAGCUACCGAGAGAUCUUGCGAGAGAAGGAGAGCUCAUCUGUUCCAGCCCGGUCCUUAUCUGGCAGCCCUCAGGCCCAACCCCCUAGACCCACAGAGCUAUCAGAUGAGGAAGUGGCCGACCUCUUUCAGCGCCUGGCAGAGACGCAGCAGGAAAAGUGGAUGCUGGAAGAGAAGGUGAAGCAUCUGGAGGUGAGCAGCGCCUCCAUGGCAGAAGACCUCUGCCGCAAGAGCGCCAUCAUUGAGACCUACGUCAUGGACAGCCGGAUCGAUGUGUCAGUGGCGGCAGGCCACACGGACCGCAGUGGGCUGGGCAGCGUCCUGCGAGACCUAGUGAAGCCCGGCGACGAGAACCUUCGGGAGAUGAAUAAGAAGCUGCAGAAUAUGCUGGAAGAGCAGCUCACCAAGAAUAUGCAUUUGCAUAAGGACAUAGAAGUUCUGUCACAGGAGAUUGUACGGCUCAGCAAGGAGUGUGUGGGGUCCACAGAUCCAGACCUCGAGCCGGGAGAAACCAGCUAAAGACCCUCCACCUACCCCCCCACCUCCCCUUGCCCACCCCCAGGACACCAUUCCCUUGGGCCAUGGUGGGGAAAUGGGGCCAACACCAACAUCUAAUAGGUCGAGAGAGAGAACAUUAAAAGGGUUGGAGGCCCAACAACUUCUGUAAACGACCCUGUCUUUUGACAGAGGCUCCUGGGUACUGGGUUCCCUGUGGGGAGAGGCAGGGCCUUCUCCUCCUCCUCCUCCCCCUUGACUCCAGGCACCCAGGGGGUGACCUCGCCUCAUCUCUGCAUGAGUUCUCCGUCCCAGAGAUCAUCACUCUCCCCCCCCCCUUUUUUAAUUGUAUUUUAUUUUUUAAUUUAUGUCUGCAAACCUGGCUACUCUGCAUUUGUGCUCCGGGGAGGUCGGGUGGGGUGCAGUCCACAUUCGGCAUCCUGACAAUAUGUGCCUGUACGUGUAAAGGCUGUGCAGCCCAAAUACCAUCUGGCCAGAAUGGCCUACCCAC